AUGUCGAUCACUUUAUCAAAAUUGCUGGACCUACGCGAGUACCACAGCGUGAUGCUCUUGCACACAUACAGUCAAAUACAAACUAUCGUUGAUCCUGGAGCUACCGAAUAUCCCGAUAUUGCCACGGAGACCCUAACUAUUCGUAUUGACAACGAUGGGAAAAUCGCAAAUACGACAAUAUACGAAAAUCGGUCCAAAUCUGGCAGCGCAUACGAAGACUCUAACCUGGACUGA